GGGCCAUUCAGACGGAGCAAACACUGUCCUGACAUUCCGUACAUUCUCAUCAGGUUAGCACUUUCUCUCUUGUCAGGUUUUUGUCUGGUCCUUUUUUGAAGUCAGUGUCUCAAAGGCAGCCUGUCUUCGGAAGCAACUUGAUUUUAGGAAAUCCACUCGUCUGUUUCUCUCCGCAUUACUCGUGAAGACUCCGUUCCUCGCUCCAAUGAAGAUGAGCCGCUCUCGCUGUGUUCCUCUGCUGCUGUUAGUGCUGUGCGGAGCCGCAGAGUUUGCCGAAGCCUGCAGCUGCUCUCCUGAACAUCCUCAGCAGGCGUAUUGCAAUGCGGAUGUCGUCAUCAGAGCCAAAGUAGUUGGACAGAAGGAGGUGGUCACCGGAAAUGAUGCCUACGGCAAUCCAAUCAAAAUGAUCCGAUAUGAUGUCAAACAGAUAAAGAUGUUUAAGGGACCUGAUGGAGAGAUUGACACCAUUUUCACCGGCCCCUCUUCAGCUUUGUGCGGAGUCAAAUUUGAGAGCAAUGGCAAAAAGGAAUACCUGAUUACAGGUAAUCUGGAUUCAAACGGCACAUUGCGUAUAAAUCUUUGCGACUACAUUGAGUCUUGGGAGACAGUGAGUAUGACACAGAAGAAAAGCUUGGGUGAGCGCUACCAGAUGGGCUGUGAUUGCAAGGUUGUCCAGUGUUCCAUGAUUCCCUGUUCCAUUAACGACCCCACAGAGUGUCUUUGGACUGACUGGGUGCUGGAAGGAACAGUUCAGGGCACACAGGCUCAGCAUUACACCUGCGUUAAGAGGAGUGACAGCAGCUGUGCCUGGUACCGUGGAUCUGCCCCACCUAAAAAAGAUUUCAUGGACAUUGAGGACCCCUAAGCAAGUCCUCAGCUUGAUCGCUCAUUCAGAAAAUCCCCCACAACACAGCUUACCUUAUCUUAAACUCACAACUUAAUUCUGCAAAUGCAUUCUAGAGCUCAUGAAACCUGUCAAGGACAUGUUCGGAUCACCCCAAAUUCAAAAGAAAAAGAUAUAGAGUAGAUGGUAAUAUUUUUGUAUAGAUGAAUGAAUUUAAAAAAGAUAAUGAAUAUUUUGCAUAAAGAAAAUAAAGCUUAAAAGGAUAUAAACAUGCCUGUCCUCCAGAUACUUUUGUUAUGGUAUUGUGGAUAUAUACUCUCUAGAAUUACAAACAAACUAUAAAGUAAAACAUCUGAACACGCUAUGUUGGGGUGAGAAUUAUACUGGAAAUAUAAUGCACAGUCUAAACUUUUCUUUUGAUUUUAGGGUGAAUUGUGAUGAAGAAAUUUCUGUGGCAUGACAGGAUGCAUACAUUUGGUUCCAUGUUAAUAUAUCGAGUCAAUCUUACCUCUAGUGUUAAAUUAUCUUUAUGACAGGCAGAAGUUUCUCUUAAGCACUUUGAGAACCCAAGUGUUUCUGUUAUAUUUUUGUUCUCCAAUAAAGAGGAAAUUGGUUACAAGGUUACAACAUUGUUUUUCAGUUCCUCAAGCACAGCUUGAGUAAAAUGUUCUUGAUCUUUUAUGUUGUCAUUUUUAUUCUUGCAAUGCAAAGCAGACUGAAGUAAUUGUGUUAUAAAGGUUAUGGGACAGAUGAUUAAAAGGCUUUGCAGACAGACUAUUUCAUGUCACAAUUACGGAGAAAUUACCAUCAUAAAGAAAAAAAAAAGCUCUUUUUUUAUUUCAGAUACACAGUCAAAUCUUUGGACGCACUUGACUAAAGUUGUGUUUCUCUGCUUAAAUUAAAUUAUUUUUUACACACACACAAA